AUGCUUCCUCCACUAGCCAAACAGACUAGGCAGAAAUGUUUUGCAGAGAUUGCCUUUUCUGCGUAUAGAAAAGAGAGGGAAAAAAAAAAGAAUUAGAGAGAGAUGGGGAAAGCUGCAAGAAUUACUCAGAUUCUUUUCUUGAUUUCACUUUUAUCUAAGCAAAUACUAUCCCAGGAUGUUGGAGAACAUGUGGCUGCGAGAACUGUUAAGCAAGAAGAAGGGCAUGCACACAAAGUACAUUGCUCUAGAGAAAGAAGUAGGGCUGCCUGGCAAGCUAUAGAGGAGUAUUUGAUGCCAUUUGUGGAACGAGAGCAGUAUCAGAUUUCGAGUAAGUGUAGGCUUCAUCCGAGCAAUGAUCUAUUUAGGGACCAAGAGGAACACAAAAUUCAUGUGGACAUAAAUGAAUGGAAGUGUGGAUACUGUAAAAAACAUUUCCGUGCUGAGAAGUAUCUCGAUCAACAUUUUGACAACAGGCAUUACAAUCUCCUUAAUAUUAGUGAUGGCAAGUGCAUGGCUGAUUUAUGUGGAGCUUUGCAUUGUGAUUUCAUGAUGGAUUCCAAGUCAACUAAGACCAAGUGCAAUCCUGCUGCUGUUGCAAAGAAUCACCAUCUUUGUGAGAGUCUUGCAGAUAGCUGCUUUCCUCUCAAUCAGGGCCCUUCAGCAAGUCGCCUGCAUGAAUUAUUUUUGCACCAAUUUUGUGAUGCUCACACGUGCUCAGGGAACAAAAAACUUUUUCCUAAGGGUGGCAAGAAGAAAACAAGCGUAUUCUACCUGGCUAUUUCAAUUCUGACUAUGAUGAUGAUCCCCCUAUUCUAUCUCAUUGUUUAUUUGCAUCAAAGUGAAAUGAGGAAAGGAACCCAAGAGCUAAGGAGAAUCUCAAAAAGGAAGACAAAGCCGUCUUAGUUAGUGCAGGUUAGGCUCCUGGAAUCACCAUCUGAUGAAGAAAUGGAAGAUGAGGAUACGAAGAUAAAUGAUUGUAAACAAUUGUUGACUCUUCCCUUGAAGGGCCCUGUGUAAAUUUACAAGUCCUCUGAAGGUCUAAACCGAUGGAGAAAUGAAUUGCAUAAGAAUAUCUGCAGAGAGCUAAAACUCGGAUGAAUUUCCAUCAAAAUUAUUGGUGGCACCCAUUACUCAUGAUAGGGGCAUCAGUUGACAAAAACAUGAAUUUUAUACAACUUGCUAUUCAAAUUGAUCAACCAUAUAUUCAGUA